CUGUCUUCAUUCCCCACAUCCGCAUCAUCAAGGACCAUUCCCUUUUGCUGGGUACGAGACCCUACAGCAUCUUGCUUCAUCUUGAGGAGCCAGUCCUCUUUUGUUACUUUUCUGGACAACACUUCCAUCAGAAUCAGAUACCCCGCUUCACCAUCGACAUGGCGAGCACAGUUCGCCCUCGGGGUCAGCAGCAUGACCUGAAGGCUUCUGGAAAGCUUUCGAACGGCAUCAAGCUAGGCAGCCAGGAUGGCUUUGAGAUCUCACCAUUCACAACGCCUCUUGUAGCCCUCCAGUUCUCAACGGGCGCUCCUCUCCUCGUCCACCGCGCCUUUCUUGAACAACAUUCCCUCCUCGCCCUCCUCUGCAUCACCAACUCUGUCGCCUCUCCUAUCACCUCUCCAGUUUUGAGUCCCUCCCAAGGUCCCAGAUCCCUGUCCAGGACCGCUUCCUACUUCUCUUCUCAACAAAUCAACUCUUCAUCUACCCCCCUGUCUCCUGGAGCCUCCGGAUAUGUCAUCAACUUCCCCGACAUCUCCCCUCAAGCCGGCCACGUUCUCGUGCAGUACCUCUACUCCCCUGACAAGUACCACACCCUGCGGUAUACCGGAUGGCCAGUGAUCCCGGAACGUCAACUAACUGUGAGCCGCUUUCGGACGUCGGUGGAGGUGUAUGGAGCCGCGAAGAAGUAUGAACUCCGUGGGUUGGAGCAACUGGCCAAGAAGGAGAUGCUCGAGUUGGGAGGGCGACUGGAUGCUUUCACAGUUAUCGGGGUUUUGGAACAACAACCGACCGAGGGCGAGGACCAAUGGCUGGACGAGUUUGUUAAAGGAUGGGCGAGGAAGGCCUUUCAAGACCCUGGGAGGGUGUUGAGGGCUCAGAAGGAGAACGAAACACAGGGACAACAGGAAUCGACACAGGGGAUGGCUUUGGCAAGGAAGUUCAUGAGGGGCUUGUUGGAAGUCUACGAGGAGAUGAACGCCACCAAGAAACACCCCCAGGACAUCGACGAGACAGCGGACGACUUUGCAACAGGUGUAACCACGCAAGUCGAGAGUCUCGGUCUCGAAGAGCCCCUACCUCAGCCAGCCGAAGUCGAAAUCACAAAGGAGAUCUUCUCCAUCACCACCGAGACCAAGCAUGUCGAAUUCAACGACUCUUCCGCCGCCCCUGCCGCCCCCGUCCAGCAACAUGAGCACACCAUCUACCGACCAGUUACCCCUCCCCCUCGAUCCGAGUCUCCCAGACACGAGUCCCACGAACAGGACGAAGUCAAAGAGCUCGAAGCGGACCAGUGGGUGCCCCCUGCCACUUCUCCUUCGUUGGAAGCCGCGCUCGGUUUGCAGCCCGCUGAAUACAAUGAACUGCCUACCGAUGGAGCUGUAGAACUCUCUCCCAACUUCUCUCCCGAUUUCUCCAUUGAGCGGGAUCCUCAUCACGAGCCAGAUAGGCAGUCGAUACUGGAGCCGGAGCCGGAGGUGGAGGAGCCGGUCAUGAUUCCAUUGGAUGCGGUUGUUGAUGAUGAUAUUUCGGCAGAGAAGGCGGAGGGAGAGCAGGAACACGAGCAGGACACGCCAGUUGCACAUGGGCAGGAGGAGGUGGAACACCACGAACAACCACACGUUGAGCAUGUGGAGCAUACGGAGCCGGAGGUCGCACAAGAGCAGGAAACAGAACACAAAGAGCCGGAGCCGCAGGUUGAGCAGACGGCACCCGAGGUCAAGGAGCCGGAGCCGGAGACCAAAGAGGAGGAAGCAUUCAGCACACCCAAAGAGACCAUCAGCACUCCCAUGGAAGGUCUGGUCUACGCCUCCACGCAAAAGGAGCUCGAACGUCCCGUCACACCUCAACCGCGGGAGAGCAUUCAGACACCACCCGAAGGCCUUAGAACUCCUCAAAGCGGCCUCAUCUCUGAGUCCCACGCCGAAGACUCCCCUGCCUCCGUAACCGCCAGCCCCAGCAGCCCCAGCAAGAACCGCAAGAAAAACCUCAAGAGGAAGGCCAAGCUGGCCGAAGCCAAGAAGCGAGCAUCAGCAACUCUCUCGCCCGUCAUGUCCGUCGCCUCUUCGAACGCAACACCCUCCGAGAUCCCCGCCCGAGACAUUGCGUCACCCGAGCCUCUCUCGCUUGAGGCAACCAAGGACAAACCUGCAAAAGGUAUUUGGAACUGGACACCGUCUUAUGAUGAAGGCAAGGAUUGGAACAAGUCAUUGACAUUUUCAACUUCAGAGGAAAAUAAGGGGCAAUCGGGCAGUACGGGAGUUCUGGCGGCACCUGUUGAGAUCUUUUCCGGAGGAGUUCACUUGCUUGAGGCUGCGAAGAAGAACACUGCGUUUGAAGACGAGCUUACACGAGAGUCUGAUCAGGCACAGCAGGGGCCUCCCGAUUCUGAGACACAAACGACUCAGAUGCCAGCGGCGGUCGUCGACGAGGUUAAGCCGGUGCUCAAAAGCGUGCAGGAGCGACCGCAGACUCCCGUUCAAUCAGUGAGUGAGGGGCAGGCACCUGGAGAACAGACUCCCAUCGACGAGCUUACCACAAGCCCCAAGUCUCCCACGAAGAAGCGUAAGACGAAGAAGAAGGUCGUCAAGCCCGCCGAAGAGUCCACAGGUCCAGUUCAGUCAGAGAGCGCAACUCCGGCGGCGGAAACACCAGCCGAAACUCCCCAGGAAACAUCCCAAGAGACAACACCCCAGGCAGUAACCUCGCGCCCAGGUCCCGCAAAGCCAACAAAGAAGACGACCAGAGACCGCAAAGACUCCAAACUGUCCCCCGAACCUACCGGAAUGACUUCCAGCCCUUCCAGUCCGGACAUCCGCUCCUCUCUGCAAUCACCACCACAAUCCCCGCCGCAACCGGCUUACAAGAUCUUUUGGCCUUGGGGUUCCAGCAAGCAGGCAAACCAGCCCAAGGAUGAGCCGCUGAGCUUGGAUCAGGCACUCGCUCCUGCCCCGAAGUCCGAGCAGAAGCCUGAGCCUGAAACGAGCCCGGAGCCAUUGGCGCUUGAGGGCCAAUCGGAUGCGCCCACGGAGCCUGCCAGCUCGCCGAAGAAAAAGAAGACCACCAAGAAGACCACCAAGACGAAGAAGAGCAGCUCAAAGGUUGCUAGUGGUGGUGGUGCUCCUGUCGUGGAACAAGAGCCUGAGACCCAACCGCAACUGCGGGAAAGUGAGGCUGCACCAGAGGCUGCCGCUGCCCAAGCGCAGCCCGAAGUUACACAGCAGGAUGUGCCCAAGGAUGACAAGGACAACGCCAACACCGAGGACGUAGCCCAAGUCGCCCAACCGAAACGGGAUGAGGUGCAACCUGAGGCCCAGCCAGUUGUGGAGCACCACGCGGUUCAACCAACAACUGAGGAACAACAAUCUGAAACGAAGGACAUCCUACCUGAGGCCCAACCGGAAGCGACCGUUGUCGACCAGACGUCAAUCGUCCAGGACCAACCAACCCUCGACCUUGAGCCACCCAUUGAGCUACAGACGCACAUCAUCAGCCCUAACGGUACCAUCAUCGACACCCUUCCCACCAUCCCAGAGGAUAUCACCCCAUCAGCUUCGACCACUAACUUUGCCAACCACAGCCUGACGGCCUCGGUGACUGACACCCUUUCCAACUCGGUAGCUGUCACAGCUGUGGAGUACCAGAACUCUACGGCCACGCUGCCUGUUGAUGUGGGUUCUGUCGAAGGAGUCCAUGAGCUUGCUGCAGACCGGCCAGUUGAGGUUGAUGCUUCGGGUGAGGUUGAACUUGUUGGUGAGAAGCCCGAGACUCCGGGGGGAGGUGCACCGCUUGUUGAUGCCCACGAUGUGGUGUCCAAGCCGGUUGAGCCUGUCUCCGAGCCAACAUUGGAGUCUCAACCUACCAAGGCAGAUGACAAGCCGGCAGAGCAACAGACUCCCACUGAAGGUGGAACGGGUUGGGGAUCAUGGCUAGGCGUGCGGAAGAACAAGAAGAAGGCUGCUGAUAAGGACAAGACCACUGACAAGGACAAGGGCAAGAAGGGUGACGCGAAGAAGACCCUGACGUCCAAGGCUAGCAAGGCCAGCAUCAAGGGCCUCUCAACUUCUACAUCGGAUCGCAGCUCCGAACAACUUGCCCACGCUAACACUGUCCAACUCAACCCCGAAGCAGCCCAGUCCAAAACCCAGCUGCCCUCAACUGAGCCGGCCACCGAUUCCCAGUCCUCUGCCGCCGCCGCCGCCGCCGCCGAGCCAGACCAACAAACCCAACGAGCUCUCAACUCCGUCAAGUCCGAUCCUGAACUCCGUCCGUCUACUUCUUCGUCGACUACCACCAACGACGCCGCCAUCCAGGCUCUGAGCCAAAGCCAGACAAGCACUGGCAAGUCUGGUGGAUGGGGAUUUCCGCUUGGAAAGAAGAGGAGGAACACGAGCGCUGCCCAUGGACCUAUCCCACCGGUAGUCGCUGCGGCAACAUCUGCCGCGGCUGCAGUACCCAGGGCCAUUCCCGAAGCAGUGCAGACGGCUGUUAGCGGAACCGACGUUGCGGGAAGCCAUGGAAGCGGUAGUGGCAGCGGAAGCUGGAGCGCGGCUAGCUGGUUGUUUCCAGGGGCGGGAGGAAAGGAUGGGAAGGACGGCAAGGAGGCACAUGGUAAUGGUGGUGGUGCCGGGAAGGGGGGUGAUGCUCCUGGGGAUGGCGAUGGGAAGGUAAACGGUGAUGGUGGGCAGGUUGAUGUCAAGGGUGUCGGUGAGGAGGAGCAAGACAAGUCGGUUGCGAACGACCAGGUCAAGGACAAGGAUGGAAAGGAUGACGUGGAGAACAACACCACCGAGAGCGUCAAGGAAGCCAUCACCAACGAAGCUUCCGCCAUUGCUUCCGCCGCCGAUGAAGCCCUAAACAAGGCGUUGAACGCGGUCACUUCCGUCGCCAGCCCCGUCAAGGACACGGUCAACGACGCCGUCAACGAUCCUUCCACCGUACCCGCCGAGCCCGCCGAACCUACCGAGCCCGCCUCUACCGAAGCAGCCUCCGAGCAACCGCCCGCGAUCCCUUCUCCCAAGCGCCGCACCACCAAGUCACGCACACCCUCGACCGCUUCCGUCAACCGAGACCGACAGUCUUCCGUCACAAAACCCGUUCCAGCUUCGACACCAUCCACCACCACCUCCAACAAGAUUCCAGGUGAAGGCGAGCAGUUUUUUCUUGGCCACCAGUCUGGUAGUAACACACAAGUACAGACCCCAUCCGCGCCUAUCGAGAGUCCUGGAAAUGGGAGUAGUGGGAGUAAUCCCCACGCCCAGGUCACCAAUGUUUCCAUUUUCCCCGCUGUCGCCACGAACCCCUCUCUCGCCGCGUUCGCCGCUGCUUCCGAUGCAAAUGCAAAUGAAAAUGGGGCGAAAGGGGGGUCAAAAGGGAAGAAGGAUAUUCCGGUUGCAACUGUUGCGGAAGUUCAGGGACAGGCUCAGGAACCGUCGCCAGCUGCGACAACGACUGCUGGGAAGGGACUCUGGUCAGGGUCUGGGUCAGGGUCAGGAGGAAAGGGGGGAGCAGAUGGAAAGGACGGAGGGAAGGAUGGGGCAAAGGGACAGGAGCCGCCAAAGCCAAAGACCAAAACUCGAAGCGAUUCGUGGAGUCUUUGGGGGAUGUCGGGGAGGAACAAGAGGAAUAGCGUGAGCAGUUCGUGAGCAUGGAGAGAACGGGCCGGCAGUAAGAGCGGAUGGGACGGCUGUGAUGGGGUCGGGUAACUUGAGUUUUGAUGAUCUUUUGCGAGUGAUGCUGGGGUUUGCGGAUCGACUGUUUGGGUUUGCUUGGUGAUUGGGGUUGGAUAUCGGACAUUGCACUCUUCGUUUCUUUUGUCGCGUACAGGCGGCCUUUUGCUUUUGGAUUAUUUCUUCAUUUCUU